AUUUAGCAACUUUCCAACACUGUUAUUUCAUUGAAAUGUCAUUAAACGAGUCUCGCAUUAGCGCUUCUUUUGUUUUCGCACAAAUUCAUAUAAAUAGAAAGGCAGAGCAAAAAGAACUUUAAAAAACCGGAAAGAUUUAAACAAAUCUCUAUUACGAAGCAAACAAACAUUCUAGAAGACAUAAACAAACCACUCCAGCAGUGUAUUGGAAUCAAACGAAACAAAGAAUAAUAAUCAAAAUGAGCAAAUACACAACAAAAUAUCUUGAAGACAAACUAACCGAACAACUUGAAGCAAAAUAUGUUAAAGCCAUAGAUGAAUCAGAUGGUUGUGGUGGCAAGUUUAGUGUGACAAUAGUAUCCGACCAGUUUAAAGGCAAAACACUACUGCAAAAACAUCGUUUGGUUAAUACAGCUUUAGCGGAAGAACUUAAAGAAAUACACGCCUUCUCACAAAAAUCCUACACACCAGAAGAGUGGGAGAAAGUGCAGCAGCAACAAUAAGAGACUAAUAAACAAAUAGUAACAUAAUUAAAAAAAAAAAUUUAAUGAAGUUCUU